AUGACAUUGGCGGAGACUCUAAGAGAAUCCGUUCAGUCUGCUAGCGGAUCUACGGCCAGAGAAGCAGCCGCGAAUGCGGGAUGCGAGAGUCAUGGAGUCUCACAAAAGGAUAACGGCUCCACCGCCGUGAUUCCCGCUGAAGCAGCAGCGGAAGUUGCGAUGAGCGGCUCGAGCGCUCCAUGUUUUCGACAAAUUCGACAUCACCUCCAUCGCGCCGCGCAUCCUGCUCGCCCGUGCUUUCCCCCACCUUCCCCUCAUCGCUUCCCCUCUCCCACUCCCCCACCUUCCCCUCAUCGUUUCCCCUCUCCCACUCCCCCACCUUUCCCUCCUCCCUUACUUCCAUCCCUCCCACGCUUCCGCUUCUCCCAAGGCUCAAUGUUUUUCGACCAAUUCAACGUCAGCUCCAUCGCGCCGCUCCUUCCGUCCUUCGCCAAACUUUUCCGCCUGCCCGAAACGUCCUCAACACUUCUCCUCGCGGGCCGGUCCACAUCCGCCAUUCUCUUUGCGCUGCCCGCCUGCCCGCUGCUCUCCUGCGUCACCACGUUUUGCGGGCUAACGGUCACUUUGCUGCUCUACGCCGCGACACUCGUGCUGCUCGCGUAUCCCGCAGGGCCGCUGUGGCUGGCCGGAGCGCUAAUGCUACAGGGUAUAUGCACGCAGCUUGUGCGCGCCGGCGCGCUUUCAUUCGCCACACACGCGCACAGCCCUUCUGCGCUCCCUUCUCCUUCCCCUUCCGCAUCCGCUUCCGCCUCCGCUUGCGCCUCCCCGCACGCCUCCCCCACCUCCGCCGCCGCCUCCGCACAGAAGCUUCCGCAGGUGCUUCCGGGGGAAGAUGGCGCACUCUCCCCGCAUCCCUCCGACCUCGUUCCCGCGCUAGCCGCUGCGCCCGCCACCGCAGGGGAAAAACCGGAAUCCGUCACGUCUGCAUCAUCCCAACAGGGAAAAGCCGGCGCCGCCACCGCCGCCGCCGCCGAAGCACCAAAGACCGCAGCGGCGGCGCUUGGAGGGCGCGAGCUGCUGUUCGGCGCGGUCGCGAUGCUGUUCGCGUGGGCGGCGGUGGGCUCAGUCGCUGGCCCCGUUACAAUGACAUUCCUGUUCCAGUUCGGUUCGCCGUCCCUCCCGUUCCUCUUCUCCCUCGGGAUUGACGCCGCGCUGUUGUUCCUCCUGCUCUUCGUCCUCCCCUGCUGCUGCGGCGGCCGGCGCCGCAAUAAAGUCGCUGACGUGGAAAGUGUAGCUUCUGCUGUAGCUGCUGCGAAGGCGAAAGACGGUUCUGGAAAAGCUUAUAUCGAGUACAAUGGUACUAUAAGCGGGGGUAGUAUUACGGAAGCGCCAUUGGCAGAUAGCUUGCCGACGUGGCAGCUACAGGUGUCAGAGCAGGAGCGGCCCGUCGUGUACCGAGGCGCGCCCAUCUUCGCCAUUCCUUCCAGAAGCUCCUCCCUCACGCGCUCCACGUCAGCACGGUCCUCAUCCAGGUCAGCGGCGGCAGACGUGCCCCUAUCUCCCAUGGGAUCCUUGGAAAGAGGGCAUGUGGAAAUCGGGGUUCUAGGCGUGGGAGGCCCGGGACAGACGCAGCAGAUAGAGCAAAACGAGGAGCAACCGCAACAGCAACACCAAAUGAGCCAGCACCAGCAGCAGCAGCAGGUGACACCCCAGCAGCAGCUAAUCACUCCAUCAGCAAAAGUCCAAGCGUGGCAGGAGCAGCAGCUACAGCACCACCAGAAGCAGAAGCACAAACACACCGCUCCUCACCCCUCCACAACCCACCACUCCACCCAGCAGCCCUCAGCCGUCGAUCCCACCAAACCCAAGCAACACCGCCCGAAUCAACGGCUGUCAGCGCUCCGUCUCUUCGCCACGAUGCUCACAGACGGCACCUCUGCCACCCUGCUCGCCCUCACCUUCCUGCAAACCCUCUCCAACGGGCUCCUAGAGGUCACCGUCUCGUUCUUUCUAGAUAACACCUGCGACCACUCCCCAUCCGAGAUCGGCAUUUCCAUGGGAAUCAACGGCGCUUCUUACGCGCUCUUCUCUCUCCUCUUCGGUGGUUACCUCAUCCGGAAACUGGGUCCCCCCGCUACAAUCACGCUCGGGGCCGCCACACUCGCCGCGACGCUCCCUCUCCUGGUCAUCCCGGGGGUGUCAUGCCAGCUGCACGUUUUAUACCCGUUAAUAGCUCUCACAGGAGUGGCGUACUCGUUAGUGGAGUUCCCCAGCCUACCGUGUAUAAUCCAGGCGUUGGACAAGCGGGCGGCAGCUGGGGAAGGCUCGUCUGACGUGGCGCUUGCAGUGGGGAUGUUUAAUUUGGCGUAUACUGCGGGGUAUGCUUCAGGGCCACUGCUGUCUGCGCUGCUGGGUGUGUGGCUGAAGGCCUGGCAAAAAAUGGCGGUUAUAUCGGGUGCGUUCGUGGUGCUGCUGCCGUUCCUCUGCUGCAUGCGGAGAUGA